AUGAAGCAGAGAUCUAACAAAAAUAGUGGCCAAACGCCCAAAGCUGGUGCGAAAAUGCAGACCAUUGAUGAAAGCUUCAUGUGGAAUUCGUACAUGAUCGAUGAGUUGACCAAGUUUCGGAAUCGACUACCUCAAGACCAGAUGGAGGCUCUUGACAAACAGGGAUUUUUGACUACUGUAAUAAGAGGGUUUGCAGGAACAAGGAAACUAAGAAUGGGCGAUAGGCAAGCUAGAUUGACUGUUAUUUCGAGACAAUCGUGUAGAAGAGCUGGCACGAGAUACAAUGCUCGAGGUAUAGAUGAUGACGGGAAUGUCGCGAACUUUGUCGAGACAGAGACGAUUCUUGACAUUGGUGGUAAUCAUAUAUUUGGAUACACUCAAUUACGAGGAAGUGUGCCUAUAUUCUGGGAGCAGGAUAAUAAUCUAUUAUCAGCAAAAGUCAACAUUACGAGAUCUUUUGAAGCGACACAGCCUGCAUUUCGACGUCAUUUCGAGGCUCUGAUGUCAAGGUUUGGCAGUGUUCAUAUUAUUAAUUUAUUGUCGGAAAAGUCAGGUGAGAUCGAUUUAACAGAGCGAUAUGAGAGGCACGUACAGUCCAAUCCCAGUCUAGCUACAAAUUUGGGUUAUAUGGCAUUUGACUUUCAUAAGGAAGUAGCCAGCGGAGGUUACGCAAAUGCUACGCGUAUUCUCCCUCGAUUACAGGACACAAUGAUAGAUUUUGGAUUCUAUAGUUAUAACUCGGCAACAGGGGAGGAAGACUCCACUGAACAAAUUGGAAUAUUUCGAACAAAUUGUCUUGAUUGCUUAGAUCGAACCAAUAUGAUCCAACAGCUUGUUUCUAGGGAUGCACUUGAACUCUUCCUCGAAUAUCAUGAUAUCAAUGCAGUAAACUAUGCUCACGAGCUAUGGACACACCACAAUGUUCUCUGGGCAGAUAACGGAGAUCAAUUAUCACAAAUAUAUGCUGGAACAAAUGCCUUGAAGACCUCGUUCACCAGAAGUGGCAGAUCAGGCCUGUCAGGUGCUUUGGCGGAUGUCACAAAAUCGGUUGGUAGACUUUAUGUCAACAAUUUUGUUGACAAGAGUAGACAAAACACUAUGGACGUCCUUCUCGGUCGUAUAGAGGGCCAGGUGCAGGUGAUACUCCAUGAUCCUAUUUACGACUAUGUAAAUGCGGAAGUAUCUCGACGCAAAAAUGAAUACUCUUCUUCACGGGACAUUAAGAUCUUUGCUGGUACAUUUAAUAUUAAUGGUAAAAUGGCCGAUGAAGACCUAUCGAGCUGGCUCUUCCCCGAAUCGGAAACACGCACGAAAGAUGACCUUCCGGACCUUUAUUUAAUUGGGUUUCAAGAGCUUGUAGAAUUGACACCAGGUCAAAUCCUCAAUGCUGAUGCUGGCAAAAAGGAAUUCUGGGCGAAUCGUGUUUCACGCUGUCUCAACACAAGAGACAGGUAUGUGCUGCUCCGAUCAGGUCAGUUGGUGGGCACUGCUUUGAUGGUUUUUGUCAAGGAGACUGAGAUAUUUUUUGUAAAGAAUGUCGAAGGAGCAACCAAAAAGACUGGUCUUGGUGGUAUGGCAGGUAAUAAAGGUGGUGUAGCAGUUAGUUUUUUGUUUGCAAACACGUCAUUCUGUUUUAUUACUGCCCACCUUGCUGCUGGAGCUAAUAAUAUUGAUGAGAGACACCAAGAUUAUAAAACAUUAUCCACCGGUUUACAAUUUUCAAGAGGCCGAAAGAUCAAAGAUCAUGAUACAGUUAUCUGGCUGGGAGAUUUCAACUAUCGAGUUAAUCUGCCUAACGAGCGUGUUAGAGGGUUAAUUGAACGAGGGCAUAUCAGGGCUAUUUUUGAGUAUGACCAGCUUAACAAUCAAAUGAUCAAGGGAGAGACGUUCCCUUACUACAAUGAAAUGGAAAUCAACUUUAUGCCUACGUACAAAUUUGAUAACGGAACAGAUAUCUAUGAUAGUUCGGAAAAGGCUCGUGUGCCAUCAUGGACUGAUCGAAUUCUGAGUCGAGGCACAAACAUUCGUCAACUGAGUUAUAACUCUGCACCAGUUAUGUUUUCAGACCAUCGACCUGUUUAUGCCACAUUUACAGCUCAAGUGAUUAUCAUAGACGACGAUGCCAAGCAAAAGUUGAGUAACCAAAUAUACCAGAAGCGACGAGACGAGGUCGGUGACACUAAUAUUCUAGUGAAUAUUUUGGAUCUUAAUGAGAAUAUGCUCACCCAUGGUUUACCACCACCUAGUACAGAUAGUAAGAAGUGGUGGAUUGCUGGUGGUCAACAUGCCAAAGUCGAUCUCGCUGUUCCUUCUAAGAAUCAUGUCAUUAAUCCCUACAAACCAGCUAAUCCAUUUGACCAACAGAACUCCUCUAUACCAGACUUUAUAGAGCGACCUCCAGCUCUGCCUAAACGACCCACACCCAGCGACGCUGGUGCUGUAAAACGAAAGCCAGUUAUACCUCAGAAACCCGACCACCUUUCAGGGUCUCCAUUAAAAGCCACACAGACUGCCACUUCUUCGAUAGGGUCUGCGAGUACCAGUACUAGCUCGCUGGCAUCUACCGCACCUAGUAUAUCUCCCACCACCAACUCUGACAACUCUACAAAUGCUGUAAAUCAAACCGCAAGAUCUCUAGCUCCAGCUGUGACACAACCACCACUACUUCCUCCUCGACCUGGUAGUAUCUCAUCAGAAAGCUCACUUCCUGUGCCGCGUCCAAGCUCCGCCAGCGUCUCUUCUGACCGUUCGAUUCCUCUCCGCCCUUCGAGCACCACAUCGGACCGACUAGCAGCACCGGCCCCUCCACCACCUCGAUCUAGAACUGCAUCGUUAGCAUCAACGAAAUCGAAUGCUAGCUCUCAACAAAGUCUGAUGGAUGGAUCUAUGCCACCAGCCGAGGUGUCUACCUGGACUCCCCUCCAGCCAACAAACUAG